ACUCUCAGCUUUAAAUCUAUUCUAACUUCAGAUAAUUACAUCUGCUAUUUGAAGCAACUACUCUUGACAAAUAUUUGGAAAACUGCACUUCACAGGAGCACAUCAGAUUUACAUAGUACUACGUACUCCUAAUACACAAGUAAAAGAAAUGUUGCCGUGCCAUUAUAUACUCAGCUUAUGCUUUUGCUUUUUAAUUGUAAAUGAUGGCUUACUUGCAAUCACUGAAGACAACAGGAUGCAGAAUCAUAACGCCAAGACAGUUUUGGGAGAUUUUAAAAAUGGGAGAUCAUACUCCAAACAAAGAGAAGCAAAAAAUAUACCUUCAAAUAUUAUAUCUUCCGAAAGUCAGUCAGCUGAUGGUCAAGAUGAAAGUUUUCAAGGGAAUAAAGCGGCAAACUGCAAAAUGUCUACACGUACCAAGGUUUUCUCAGCUAUGAGUGAAGCAGAUUUUGUAAACAGAGAUUACAAAUGCAAGAUCAACAACCAAUCUAUUGUCAUCAGUGCACAAAAUACAAUUUCAUUCAUCAAUACCUUCAAGGACAAUUAUACCCAAGAACUACUUGGCGAACCAUGGGACUUGUCUAACAAGUAUAUUAAUGAUACAGAGAAAGAUUAUUUAUGGCUGGAGAUAUGUGGUAGAGAAAACGAUUGCAUGAAAGUCCUUCCUCAGUUGCCUCAUCAGAAGUCUCCACCAAACACAUUAGAGGAACUUGAGAAACUACUUGUUCAGGUCCUAGGAUACAGCCAGAGGUACUCUACAGCACUUGAAAAUCUUAUCCUCCAUCAAACCUUAACAGAAAAUAAAUUCCUCAGAGAAAUAUCUGAGACAAAAGAUAAUAUGGAUGAAGUCACAAGAGAAUUUAUGGCUUCAAUCAACUCCUGCUGUCUUCAGCCAAAUGAGCAAUUAAUCAAAAGCCUUACUGAUAAAGAAUAUGUCGUUGUUAGAAAAGAGACAGAAGCUCUCAGAGGCUUUAGAACGCUACGAUAAUGUCUAUUAGGUCUUCAUUACUUCAUUCAAAUGUUUCCAAUCAAUGAUAAAAACUAGAGAUUAUGUCAAGUGAAUAUGCUUCACUGGUAAGACUUUGUGAUUUGUCAUAACAUAUUAAAAAUGUAAAUGCAAAAAAACUUCCAUUGCAUAUAAAAGCCCGUCUGGAUAACCUUACAUUUCUGUUCAAAUUGUUAUUCAUUAAAGACAAAGAUGGUGCUUACCAGAACGUCCCCUAAAAACCAAGGGGUUGACUGUUAUGCAUUCCUUAAUACAGUACAAGGCUUUGCUCCUGGAAGAAGCAUGGGUCCAACUGGAGGGGGACAUCAAUGUAAGGUACUGUUUUGUUUGUGAAUAAACACAAAAUUUA